AAAUGAAUGUUACACAAACAUGUAGAAUGUGUUUGAGAAGUGUUUGAUCAAGUCCAAUUAGAAAAUCACAUGCCCAAUAUCUGGAAUAAACUUAACCCUACUUCCGUCUGCAUUUCUAGUUUUCUACCAUAGUACCAUCUUACGACUCUCUCCGUUUCCAUCUCCUCUUCCAUCUACACCACGCCGUUCCUCUAAUAAAUCGAGCAGUGAAUAGAUCAAGCUUAGAGGGUGUUGUUGAGAAAUGGCUGAGGGAAAUUUUGGGGAGCAAGGAACAGAUCACAUGCAGAGCAUGAAUCACAUGGUUGAUACACACAACAUUGACAACAUGGAGGGUAUUAUUGGUGUUCAUGAUAUGGGCAGUUUGCAGGGGUUUGAUGACAUGAACAAUGCAGAUAAGCUGAACAUCGCAGAGGCUCUGCAAGGCAUAUCUGGCAGCCUUGAUUUUGAUAGCUUGCCAGACAUUGAGAAUGUCCUCAAUGCAGACAAUGGGCAUGACAUUAACAACAAUCCUGACUUAGAUAAUGUUCAUGCUGAUAAUAAUUUGCAGGAUGCAGAUAAUGUAACAGAUUACUCCCAUAUUUCCAAGGAGUUACAAGGCUCCCAGAAUGAUGGUGGUAUUAGUGAAGAAAAGAAAUGGCCUGGUUGGCCUGGUGAAAAUGUAUUCAGGAUGUUGGUUCCUGCCCAAAAGGUCGGUGGUAUCAUUGGUCGGAAAGGGGAGUUCAUUAAGAAACUUUGUGAGGAGACCAAGGCUCGCAUUAAGAUCCUUGAUGGGCCACCUGGGACAACUGAAAGAACUGUUAUGAUUUCUGCCAAAGAAGAACCUGGCCUCUCUAUUUCUCCUGCAAUGGAUGGCCUACUUAGGGUCCAUAAUCGUGUUGCUGAGAUUGACUCAGAAUCAGCCAAUGCUCCCGCAGGCAAUGGGAGAACAGUUUGCACAAGACUACUUGUUGCAGCUACACAGGCCGGAAGUUUAAUUGGGAAGCAAGGGUCCACCAUCAAGUCCAUCCAGGAUACCUCUCACUGUACUAUCCGAGUUCUUGGAGAUGAGCACCUGCCUGUUUUUGCACUUCCAGAUGAUAGUGUUGUAGAGGUGCAGGGGGAGUCAGCUGGAGUUCACAAAGCAGUGGAAAUGAUUGCCACUCACCUUCGGAAAUUUUUGGUUGAUCGUGGUGUUAUAAGUGUAUUUGAAAUGCAGAUGAAACUGCCUAAUCCACGUCCAAACCAAAACAUGCCCCCACCUGGUCCGGUACCAUCUUGGGGACCUCCUCAUUCUGGUUUUCCUGGCGGUGGACCUGGCUUUGGACCCGGCCAACAAUAUAUGCCCCCUCCUCGUCAAUAUGACAAUUACUACCCACAGGGAGAUAUGGCUCCUUUGGACAAACAACCACGUCAAUCUGUUCCUGGUUAUGAUAGAGAUGCACCCAUUGGAGGUCAUUCAACAAGUAUGCAGCCACAACAAUCAAUGAUUGCAAAGGUCACACAAAACAUGCAAAUUCCUUUAUCGUAUGCUGAUGCCGUGAUUGGGGCAUCUGGUUCUAACAUUAGCUACAUCAGGCGCACCAGUGGCGCAACUAUAGCCAUACAAGAAACAAGAGGUGUUCCAGGUGAGAUGACUGUUGAAAUAAAUGGGACCGCUUCACAAGUUCAAACAGCCCAGCAGUUAAUUCAGAAUUUUGUUGCUGAUGUCACAAGCAGUAUGCAGAAUUCUGCUGGUGGAGCUCCUACACAAGGUUACAACAACGCCUACCCUUCUCAUGGAGGAGCUGUAUACAAUUCACCACCUACGAAUGCCGCUGGUGGUCACGCAGGACAUGUGCCUGGAUCAGAUUACGCUUCUGUUUAUGGAGCCAAUUAUGGUUAUUAGAGUAUUUUACACUUGGUAUGAUGGAUGGGCGUAGGGAGAAUUUUGCAUGCACAAUGCAGAACUACUGCAGUGAGACAAAUGAAAUCUUGAUGUGUGUUAAUGUGGAUUCUUCUGUUAUUGUCCUCAACAACAUCGGAUCUAUAACUUCAGGUUUCAUUUUAUUCAUGUAAUGUGUGGAUACAUUGUGGAGUUUGGUUCCCUGUAAGGAUAUGCAUGGGAUUUAUGUUUUGGAAGGAUUAAUUUCUCUCUUAAAUUUAAAUAAAGUGUAGACUGUAGGAUAAGAAGAUAUGCUAGA